UAAUUUCGGAUAACAUUUUACGGCUCCCCCUUCUUCCCCAGCAGCCGAAACCUCCGAGAAGCCCGCCUCCCCCAUCCAUGGCUUCAGCCGCGACCUUUCCGAAGCUCCGGCUCGGUCCACGAUGCCACGGCUACUCCCAGCUUCAGGCGGCCGACCCGGUCCACAUCCACAUGAAGAUUGGCGGUUCCUGCAAGUGCCCCAUGCCUGCCCAAGGGUUGCUUGUUUCUACCGGGAGAAGCGCCGCGAGGCACGCGUUCCUGCCGGUGUCGGCCGCCCGAUCAGGUCGGGGCGCACCGGUCGCCGAUGCCGCCGAGAAGACCGGGCUGUCGUUGGACAGCUUCAAGACAUCCGUUGUCAAACGCGACGACGAAAAGAUCCAUUUAAGAAUCGAGUUGCCUGGGAAGGCAACACAGAAGGUGUUUGAUGAGGCUCUGACGAGCCUGGCACGCGACGCGCCGCCGGUUCCAGGUUUCAGAAGGUCCAAGGGAGGGAAAACAUCAAAUAUACCAAGCAGCAUUCUCCUGUCAAUGCUGGGCAAGAGCCGGGUCACAAAGUUCAUCCUUCAGGAAAUACUCAGCGUCACCGUCGGAGACUUCGUCAAGAAGGAGAACCUCAAGGUGAACCCUGAAAUCGCGACGACACAAUCGGAAGGCGACCUGGAGUCGUCGUUCGCGCCGGGCUCGUCGUUCGGGUUCAAUGUGAUCCUGGAGCUGGAGAAGGAGGCUGACACUGAUGAUGCUAUUGAUGUGGAGGUAUCCGACUCCAUGGAUGCUCCCGACGUGAAGCAAUCCGACUCCGAAGAGCCUUCCGAAGAGGAGCCCCCCUCCUCCACGCCCUGAUAAGUUGAGAGAGAAAAUGCGUCUGUGCAUUCGCUGAUGAAUGUGCUUCAACUUCAGAAUAGCAUUAGCAAGCAAACAUUUGUUCAGAGGAGACAUUAGAGAUGAUCUGGAGGUUGAGGGUGACACAUCACCCAAGAUAUGUGCGUGACACUGCUGACUAGUAGCACUGAACAUGCAGACACGUUAGAUUUGGGCCCA